AAUGAUUUCAGAGCAUCGUGGGUGUCGCAAAGGUUGGCGCAGUGGAUCAUCACUAACAAACUCCACAGACAUGACCUAUACCUUACUAAAUCACUCACACUUGGAGCCAAUUGGCGUCUGUUGCCUCCAAAUGCCCCAACAAAACCCUGUAAUUUGCUGACACCCAUGGAAAAAAAACGAUUCUCUUCCUCUGCCCUUCCCUUACAUAUAUCCAAAACCAGAUAAAAAAAAACCCCAUCGAGCACGCUGCAUUAGACCAUUUCAUAUCCAUUACUAGUACCCAGAAAAUGUCUCUUCUCGUUCUUCUCUGCAUCCUCCACAUAGCAGCCGCCACUGCAGCCCAUCUCCGGCCUGGGUUCUACUCUGAAUCUUGCCCCGAAGCGGAGUUAAUAGUGAGGGAAGCGAUGAAGAAGGCCAUGAUUAAAGAACCUAGGAGUGGGGCAUCGGUCAUGCGACUACAAUUCCAUGACUGCUUUGUUAAUGGGUGUGAUGCUUCUUUGUUACUAGAUGAUACACCAAACAUGUUAGGGGAAAAGCUGGCUUUAUCGAAUAUAAACUCGUUAAGAUCCUUCGAAGUUAUCGACCAAGUGAAGGAAGCAUUGGAGAAGUCAUGUCCAGAGACGGUUUCUUGCGCAGAUAUCAUAAUCAUGGCCUCUAGAGAUGCGGUGGCACUGAGCGGAGGACCCGACUGGGAAGUGAAGCUAGGAAGAAAAGACAGCUUAACGGCGAGCCAAGAAGACUCGAACAACAUCAUGCCAAGCCCAAGAUCGAACGCCAGUUUCCUCGUAGAUCUCUUCAACCAAUUCCAUCUAUCUGUCAAGGAUCUUGUAGCCCUUUCUGGUUCACACUCCAUCGGACAGGGCAGGUGCUUUUCCAUCAUGUUUCGACUCUAUAACCAAUCAGGUACGGGCCGCCCUGACCCUGCCAUCGAACCGAAGUAUAGAAACAGGCUGAACAAGCUUUGCCCGCUCAACGUAGACCAGAACGUGACAGGAGACCUCGAUGCAACACCCGAAAUAUUUGAUAACCAAUACUUCAAGGACUUGGUUUCAGGGAGAGGGUUCUUGAAUUCAGAUGAGACACUAUUCACCUAUCCGCGGACCAGAAAAUUUGUGCAGGUUUAUAGUAAUGACCAAAUUAAAUUUUUCAAGGAUUUUGCCAAGGCGAUGAUAAAGAUGGGAGACUUGCAGUCUGGGCGGCCAGGAGAGAUCAGAAGAAACUGUAGAAUGGUUAACAGCCGGUCGGUCGACACACUCCUGGAAUCUUAAGUGGAAUAAAAAGUAGUUUACUAGUGGGUAGUGGCAUUAGAGAACUUAGAUAAGUUGACACAAUAAGAUUAGAGAUUUCCCAUGCUCUAAAUGCCUGAAAAAUGAUUGUAUGCGAGCCAUAGAUUAAUCAGUGAGGAGGCUGCUGUCACUUUUCUAUAUGAUUUGGAUAUAAGGUAAUCUCUAUUGCAUUAUAUUCUCGAAUGA